CUUUUUGUCUUCUUCCUCGUUUCUAACAAAUUUCAGGAGCUCAAGCCUCUGAAUUCGAUUGACCUCACAAACUGAAAAUUUUCCCGAGAAAAUCGAACGGAAGAGAAAAUACUUCGAACGUAUUUGGAAUCACCCAGAAAAUUUCUGAGAUUUUCUUCUCCUUCGGAAGAAUGGAGGUAAAGGUAGCCACAACCACGUCUUUUCAUUGGUCAGGACGCCAUGCGGCGAUCCCUCAAUGCCCGUCUUUCUCGCAAACCCUAACCUCCUCGAAACGCCGUCGUUCCCGUCGAAGCAGAGGAGAUGUAUCCGUCGGAGGAGGAUCUUUAUCAUGCCAGACGAGAUUGAAACCUUCGACUUUUCUCGGAACACAAUCUGGGAAACUACACCGAUCCAAAUCUUGUGAGCUUUGGGAAUUUAACAAUGCUACAACGAAGAAGAACAGAACGGGCGUGCAGAAACUUAAUCCCUUGCGGAGAGUUUGUAGUGCGAGCUUCUCCGAUGAAGAAUUCUCCGAGAAGAUGCAGGAAUUAGCAAUACAAUUCAAGAUUGCAGGCGAAGAAGAAGACCUAGAGAGAAACAAAGAAAACAAGUACCAAUCAGAUACAAUCCACGAAGCAGUAGAUAACGAUCAUAGGAAUCACAGAUUCGGGACGGUGAAGCUACGAAAGGAGUCUAUUCCAGGUUUAGCUUCGCUUGAGGCUCCAUGGAUGGAGAUGGUUAACCAUUCAAGCAUUGAACGGAAGGCAAACAGUGUCGAUUUGCCUCUCUCACUUAGGAUAAUAAAGAGGAAGCUACAAGAAGAGUCGCUCAAAGAAGCAAGUGAAUCUACUUAUUGCUCUAUCAACAGAGCCUUCUCUUCUAUGGUCUUCAUGCUCGAGGAGCUCCAUAGCUUUGCGUUGCAGACAAGGGAGACUAUCUUCUACGAAGACCUACAAGGUGUUCUUAAGCAGGUUAAGAAGGAUAUGCACGCUUCAUUGUUGUGGAUUUUCCAACGCGUGUUCUCUCAGACACCUACUUUGAUGGUAUAUGUGAUGAUCCUAUUAGCAAACUUCACUGUGCAUUCAGUUGUAUCAAAUCUAGCUAUUGCAGCAUCUCCACCACACUCUACUGUGCCAAUAGAAGCAUCGCCGCCGGUUACUAAAGGCCAUGAUCAGACGCAUCAAAGGUCUGGUUUUUCUUCGCCACAAGAGACUACUGUAUCUAGUGGAGCAGAUGUUAACGGGCUUGAUGGGUCCAAAUGGCUUGGACCGAGCACUUUUGACAAGGUCUCCCAAAUAUCGACACAACGAAGCUCGGUUUCCGGACAAGGGAUAAGAAAAGAGGAGCUGAGUCUGUGGAAUUCGAUGGUGGAAGAAGCUGAUCAUAUGCAAGAUUACCCUAUCGAUCGUGACAUGAGACUGAGACUUGUUUCACCGAUCAUUGCAAGGAUCGAAUUGGACGAUUAUGCCAACUACACUAGAACAGAGCUUUUAUAUAAGAUAGGUUUGGCUCAAGAGCCGAACAACCCUCUUCUCCUAGCUAACUACGCUCAGUUCCUUUACCUCGUCAGUCAAGACUAUGACAGAGCGGAGAAGUGCUUCAAGAAAGCCAUAGAGUUAGAAGAAGUAGACGCGGAAGCGUACAGCAAAUACGCCUUCUUCCAGUGGAAAGUUCGGAAGGAUCUCUGGGCAGCGGAGGAGAACUUUCUAGAAGCUAUAUCUGCAGACCCCACCAACUCAUUUUACGCCGCAAACUACGCCAACUUCCUCUGGCAAACCGGUGGUGAAGAAACGUGUUUCCCUUUAGAAUCAUCUGAUUCUCCUCAGGAAUUGGCUUGAGAACGCUAGAGGUCAGUGAAUGGUGUGGUUUGUUAGCAGUGAUUUGCAGUAAAGAGACAUCGGCAGAGGUUAGGUAGACAAUGGAAGCAAGAGGAAAAAUUGUAAGUAGUGUUUUUGAGUGAAUCAGUGCCUGCCGAAUCAACAUCGCUCCUCUUUGCUUCUGCCUUUUUUUGUUUUUUUUUGGCUUUUGCCUUUGUUAUCUCACUUUGUAGUCGAUACGGUUUCUGAUUCAACCACUGGCUUACUGAUCAUGGAUGGGUCCAAUAAGAGCAAAUGUAAAUCGAAUACUAAUAAUCACUGAGCAUUGCUUUCUAGUGAAAUAAUAAGUGAUCAUAUUUCACAAACUU